AUGGAAUGCAAGUUUUUGGCUGGUUCCAAUUUUGAUACCCCGAUGAAGCUUAUAACCGAUGGUGUCUGGUCUCUUUCCAAAGAACAUUUGAAGAUACUUAAGACUGCAGAGAAGUGCAUGAAAUCUCACACGAUUAUUCCUUUUGAAGUGCUAAAGUACAGAUCACAAAUAAGAGGGAACUUCAUGGAGCAUGCAAUAGAUCUAUGUAAACUGAAAUUUCUCUCUUAUGUUGAGAAUGGAUACAAACUGACAUAUUCUGGGCACGAUUGCCUUGCUAUCAACACCUUAAGAUUACGUGGGCUUGAGAUGAUGGGGGAGAAGAUAGGAAUUGGAAAAGAGUCUGAUAUCUAUCUUGGCGUAUAUUGUGGAAAGGACUGUGUACUAAAAUUCCAUAGACUUGGGAGAUCUAGUUUCAGAAAUGUUCGAAAGAACAGAGAGUAUGCUAGUGAGCGAAUUGACUGGUUUGGCCUCUCCAGAGCUUCUUGCAAAAGAGAAGUUAUGUACUUAGAAAAGUUCAAAGAUAUGAAUGUUCCUGCGGUACUUGACUAUGAUAGGCAUGUUAUUGUACAGGAACUGUUAGAUUACCUACCUCUUUACAAGACAAGGGUGUCGGAUGUAAAAACGAUUUUUCACCUUAUGAUAGAGUUUAUCAAGGAUCUAUGGAGGAGGGGAUAUGUGCAUGGAGACUUUAAUGAAUUCAAUGUUCUAGUGAAAGAUGACAUAAAGGUUAUAGACUUUCCUCAAUGCAUCCGAAGUAAUGAUGAGAGGGCGAUACAUCAUCUCAGAAGAGAUUUCGAGUGUGUCUUGACAUACUUCAAAAAAAAGUAUAAGUAUGAGCCAGAAGACGGAUGGGUCGCUUUCACGAAUGAAUUGGGUAUUGAUGUCGAUCCAUAUGAGUUUCACGAAAUGAGUUCCGAGGAUUUGCCUGCUUAUUCAACCAACGAAAGUGGUAUUCAGGAAGGAGUGAAGCUAUUAGAAUCAAAGAUAGAGAAUGUCUAUAUUUCCGAACAUAAAAGUGGCUGA